AUGAUUCGCACGCCCAGCACAGAGUUUAACGCAAGGUCUCCUCCCCUUUCAAACGGCGUCAGAAAGAGCCUCAAAGACGCCAGCGCUUCCCACUCGCAUCGCCAACAACCACGUCCCCGUCCCACGUCCAGCAGAGCGACCUCCACCAACGCGCGGCCCUCCAGCUCCAAUGGUCAUGAUCCUCAUCAUCAAGACGGCGUCGAGGCUGCCAAACACCCUACAGUUGCACAAGCACCCGGCGCGAGCUUUUCUGUCGCAACAAAGCCCCAAGAUCGAGAUCCCAGCCUCCUCCGAAGGCCGCCGUCGCAGCAGCAACAGAACGGCUUCGAUGGCCUGAGCAGCUACCAGCUCGACCACAACGGCCGCAUCCCAGCCAACGACUUCAACUACGUCCAGCGCGACAAGCUCGUUGCAAGUGCACAGCAAUCCGCCAUCCGCUCUGGUAACCUUCACUGGGUUGCCCUCAUGGAUCUCGCCCACCUUGCUUCCCAGCACCAUUUGAGCCCCUACAGCGCCAUGAAGUUUGGCCCACGCGGCUCCCCCUUCGCAUACAUUCCAAUCACGCUCCAGCAACCCGAGGUGGUCAAAAACACCAUGAACCGGCAGAGGGAGGAGGAGCUCCAGGCAAAAGCAUGGUUGAUCGCAAAGCGAGAGCGCAAGCUCGGACGCUUGGCAAACGGAGCAGAUGUGCGCAUGGACAGUCACGACGACCUGCCCGUGCUCAGCUUGCCUGCCGAUAUGUUCCUCACCAAGUCCGCGUCGUCCAGCAUGCCGAGUGUCGGCACAAAACGACCCGCCUCCCUCACCACGCCCCCCGAGACACGCGCCAGCAGCAUGUUGCGAACAAAGCCUCAGCAGGUGGAACGCGACCUCAACGAGGCCAUGACCGACUCCAUGCACUCUUCCUCGGAUGCGGCUCCUGUGGAAGUGAUGCCGCCCUCUUCGGGGGAAGCAUCGUCCUCUUCCGAGGACGAUUCCGUCCUCCCUGCCAAGCCCGAUCAGGUCGAUCUCUCGAGCUUCAAUCGUUCGACGAGGAUGGUUGAGAUUGGCUCUAGUCCCGAUGACAAGCCCGCGAAGAAUGGUGUCAAAGGCGAGCAGGGCACGCACGAGGACGGCGUCGCGGACGAGUUGAUGACGAGCUCCCAAGCCGGAAGCAGCGUGGAAGUGGGGGGACCCAUGGACCAGGAACGGGUCAUGGCGCAGGAGAUGGAGCAGGCGAGCGCCACCGACAAGCCUGCCCAACCCAACGGUAAUGGCGCCUCGAAAGACGCUUCGCUCGGCCCUCUAGUCCACAGCACCACCCAAGGCAACUCUACCAGCGACUCGACCGGCGAGCAGCAACAGCAGCAACAGCAACAGCUUCAGCAACAUCAAUUGGCGAUGAAGACCUCGGACACGCAUCCCAUCCACAUCAGUCCCAUCCUUCCGGACGAGCUGCUGGCAUCCGUCGGACGUCGAAUUCGCUCCACCGCCGAGUCGCAGUUGCUUCGACUCGAGUUGACCGCUUCCGGCGAAGGCACCUCUUCCCAGCAGCAGCAGACGUCGCUCACCGAGCGCUACUUUGAGGACCACUCGCGCGAACAGAUCCAAGGAACUCGACUGAUUCGACUUCGAAACAUGCUCGAUCUGCACUCUGUCACCUCGACCGAUCCCAGCGCCAAUUACCUGUCGCAAUCGCAGCUUGCCGAACAGGCGGCGAAAGAGAGCAAGUUGACGCUCACCGACACCAUUUCUUCCCACAACCAAGGCGCGAUUGGGAAUUUGCUGCUUUCCUCAUGCCCGGGCAAGAAGGUGCGUCUAUCGGGACCGGUUCGUGGGCGAGGCGCCAUCUGUCGAGAUCUUGGGUUGGAUUUGACGCGCAUCCACUCUAUCGGCGUACGAGCCGUGGUGUGCUGUCUUAACGAUGAGGAGUUGUCGUUCCUGGGAGCCCCGUGGGAGGAGUACGAGCGGGAAGCGGAUAGGCUAGGGUUGGACGUGUAUAGGUUGCCUAUGGCGGAGGGUUUUGCACCGACCAACGUGGAGGAGAUGGAUGCGACCAUGACGUCCAUCGUGCAGGACUGUACGUUGAAGGGCACGAAUGUCUUGGUGCAUUGCAGGGGAGGUGUGGGCAGGGCCGGGUUGAUCGCGUGCAGCUGGUUGUUGAAGAUGGGCUUUGUAGGUGAAGGGAAGGGGAUGGAAGGGUUGGAAGAGGGGCAGAAGUGUAAUGAGAUUGUGGAGCGCACGACGACGAGUGGCAGUCACAAUUUGAUUGCCGGUGAGACAGGGAAGGAUGGUGAUGAUCUUUAUGCAACGAACGGCAGCGGAACAGUCAGCGGGAAACAGGAGGACGAGCUACACUCCCCGAACAGCAACGGAACAGUCAGCAAGGAGGACGGCUUGAGCGAGGAGCAGGAGGAAGCCGAGUGCGAAGCCAUACUGAGCACCGUCAAGAGUUUGGUCGAGACGAUCAGGAGGAGAAGGAGUCCGAAGGCGAUAGAAACAGCCGAGCAGGUGCGGUUCUUGGUCGAGUAUGUGACGUUCUUGCACCGGCAGGAGCGGUUGAAGGCGAACAGAGGGUGA